AUGCCGGCCGUUCGAUUAUCUCGCAGAAGGCGUUCCUCUCUUGGUAUUUCACUAACACCCGUCAAGCCUGGCAAUUACGGAAUCUACUCACCACCCGCUCGACCUGUCACCUUUGCACCGAACGUAACGCCUGGCACGUACGUUGAGCCCGAAGACGAUGAGGACAACGACGGCAACGAAGAUAACUCGUCACCAACAUCGGCGCUCUUCCCCCCUUCGGAAGUACCUGCCCCUACCCCAGCUCGUAGACGUGUCCCUCCCGGAAAGCGGCGGUCGCUGGGUUAUAUCCCCCGCCCGCCCAAUGCUUUCAUGCUGUUCCGUGCAGAUUUCGUCCGUCAGAAGCACGUUCCUGGAUCGAUUGAGACGAACCAUGGAUCCUUGUCCAAGAUCAUUGGCAAUUGUUGGAGAGCUCUUCCCCUUGACGAGAAGCGUGUCUGGGAAGUAAAGGCAAAGCAUGCGAAGGCUGAGCACAAAGCCCGCUAUCCCAACUACCGCUUCCGCCCCGUUCACAACAAGAACAAGGACAAGAAGAAAGACAAGGCUCAGACGACGCCCGACGAUGAGCGCCGUUGCGAGGAGGUUGCUCAGCUCCUACUUGAAGGCAAGAAAGGUGACGACCUCGCCGCUGCGGUCCGUGAUCUUGACCGUCUGCGCUCGCGAACGCCGCCGGCACUCCCCCAGUCGCACCACGCACUUGCUCCCCAGGAGUUUGGAAUCUACGCCCACCGCCGCUCUUCCUCCGUCCCACUCCCAAGCGAAUACUUCCCUAACAUGUAUUUCUCCCAUGGCCACGUUCCGUCAAACCCUAUCGCCCUUCCUUCGCUCCCUCCAUUUUCUUCCCGUCCUGCUUCGCCGGUGCGAAGUAUAUCCCGAUCACAGCGCAUGAUGCUUGGACAACGCCGUGCUUCCAGUGCGCGCCCGGCAGCUAUGUUCCGCUCAUGGACCAUGCCCACCCCGGCUACUCUUCCUCGUGACGAUUCCCCAUUACCGGAGCCCGAUACCUCUCUGUUCGAUCCCACUUUCCUCGACUCUUCCUUCUCUUACCCCAUCCACGACGGCUCCACCAUUGAUGCUUCCCACGCCCACCCUUUCACCGUUAGCAGUCUGAUGAACAACAUUCCGAGACAGGCACUUGGUCCACUCGACACUGUUCCUCACUCCGUGGAAUACGAUCUCUCGCCAAGUGAUACAUCGCCGAGCUCAUUCACCGGUCUUUCCGCAUCAUCGUCGACCCAAACAUUGCCAGAGGUGGACCCACACGGAUGGUAUCCCCUUGAUUCUUCCCAUCAAGCUAAUAUUACAUCAUCGUAUCCAUCGACAACAUAUUCCGGCUCUCCUGAUCAUUCUGAUCACGUCCUCCUCCCCGUUGUCCACGCCCCCCAGCCACAGGCCGUCAAUCACGCGAUGCCCUUCGCUGAUAUGUGGUCAGAGCACGCAGGCCAGUCUGGCUACGAUGGAUCCGCCCCAAUGAUGGGAGGAGAUCAUAACCAACAGAUGAUGGGGCUGUUCGCUAGUCAGGCUAUUGAUCAACCAACAGGAUGCGGGCAAGAAAUGUCUCAAGGGUACGAUCCCAUCUUUGACCAUGGUUUCGAACAGAACUGGGGCGCCAAUUACGAAUAUAACGACAUCGUACACCACGCUUAA